AAAAAUUUAAUGUAAGCACUAUUGCUGUUGGUGGUUAUAAAGAUAUGCCAUUAUCUUACGCUUCAUAUCCCGGCAGUCAUGUUCUUAAUUUUGACGAUUUAUACAACGAAUUUAAUAAUUUGGGAAUAUUACAAAAUGAAACAUUGAAAGAAUUAAUACCUCCACCUUUAAAGUUCCAAUAA